CAGGCUAGUUCGUCGGCACCGAACCUCUAUACCUGCAGCAGUCCAGGAAAUUCAGUGUGUGCAGGGUGGUUGUGCACUUGUUCGGGGUGGUUCAAGCACAGCGAACCUCAUCGAACCUACACGAGAACCACAUCACGCGCUCCUGCAGCAGGUGCUCCUUUCAGAAGGUGCUCUAGGCUAGUCUCCGGGAGGUGCUCCCAGGAAUCCUGGAUGGGGUACUUCCAGAGGCCGUUCUGUGCGGGCCGGGGCCGAGGCAGACCUCGCUCUCUCUAAUAGCAUACUUUUUGAGGAGGUUCGAUGAGGUGCGAUGUGCUUGAACCACCCCGAACUUAUGUGACAAAACUCUACACACCUCGCUCUCUCUAAUAGCAUGCUUUUUGAGGAGGUUCGAUGAGGUUCAAUGUGCUUGAACCACCGCAAACUUCUGUGACAAAACUCUACACCCCUCGCUCUCUCUAAUAUCAUUCAUUCUGAGGAGGUUCGAUGAGGUUCGAUGUGCUUGA